AGAAAUAGAGAGAGAGAGAGAGAGAAAGAGAGAGAGAGGCCGUUCCGAGACGAGGUGGAGUAUAGACUUCGGGCUAAUGAGGGUGUAAGCGAGAGAAAGAUUGACCGAGAUAAGGAGAGAAUCUCGAGACAAGUUGAGGAGGUGGGCGGGUGUGGAGUUGCUGGGGCUCGAGUGACCACACGGUCUGGAAGAAGGGAGACUGAGUCGUGUAUUCUGCGUGCAUUUUUCACGCCGUCCUGUGAUGACGGCAAGCAAGGUUGUCCGUCUGCUUACCAGCCUUCUGGUGUCCGCCCGUCGCGGAGUGCUCGGUGCCCAAGUGGCCUGGAUCGCUUCAGUCUCGAGUCGGCUACGCUUGUCUCUCCACCAUCCAACGGACCACCGUCUGCCCACUUAGCCAGCUUGGGUGAUUGCCCUUGCCUCGGCCUGCCUCCCGGCCGACCGGUACCUGCAUCACCCGGGCCCUCUUCGUCGCCAGCCAGCCCGCCCACCCAGUGGCUGAUCAUGCCGCUUUGGCGACGUUUGAAAGUGUACCUGAUCGUGGUUGUCGUCAUGGUCGGAUGCCGAGUGGAGGGACAAUCGAAUGGUCAGACGGGGCCCAGUCUCGUCUUCUCGACCGGCUCGAGUCCGGCUCUGUUGGGUGGGCCGGUGACAGUGAGUUGCGGAGGUUUUGAGGACCUGAAGAAGAGCAUCUUCCUCGACUGCCCUCUGGCGCCGUGGAACACCUUCUGCUUUCAGAAUUGUCAAUCGGCCUGCAUCACUGAAGAGCCGGGCUCGUGUCGAAACGAGGCCAAACUGGCUGAGGUCGUGUGUCGCGUGGUACACUUCGCCAAUGGGACUGUCGGCUACGAGUACCUGAUUCCACGACUGGCGUCAGAAUGGCUCGGCCGGUUCACUUGUCGGGUUGGCGGUCGGCGAAGCGAGACAAUCACUCUGACCGGUGGACAACAGUUGCCAUCACAACCACAGCUUCAGCAUGCCCGAGAGGUGGGAUUAGGCACGAGCUCGACUACGGUCGCACCGAAGACGACGACGACAACGACGACGACGAAGUGGACAACAACAACGUCAAUGUCGGCGUCGAUGGCGAUGGCGACAACGGGCGAGAUGUCGAGAGCAACACCAGAGACGAAAUUUGUUCAGGCCACGAUGCAGACGCAAAAUGGACGCGAACCGGCUGGUGCUCAAGACAGGUCGUCUGGAGGCGUUUUCGGGUUGACAACUCUGAAGGCCAGCGAACCUACCAGCUCCGGUCUAAAGAGAGCAGGUGGGAAAUUGGGUAACUGA